GCACAUUACUCAUAACACAAACUCACAAAAAUCUAUCUUAAUUUCAUUCAAACCAAGUAAUAUUUAUUAGCUACAUUUCAAUAUGGCAGUUUUUGCUCUUGUUAAUGUACUCCUACUAGUCGUUACCUCUUUCAUUGCCGUGGCGUCUGCUGCUGGUAAUUUUAACCAGGAUUUCGAUAUCACUUGGGGUGACGGUCGUGCUAAGAUACUAAACAAUGGUCAGCUUCUUACCCUUUCUCUUGAUAAGACCUCGGGUUCGGGCUUCCGGUCUAAGAACGAGUACCUCUUUGGGAAAAUCGAUUUGCAAAUUAAGCUCGUUCCUGGGAACUCUGCGGGCACUGUCACUACCUACUAUUUAUCUUCUGAAGGAAAAAACCACGAUGAGAUAGACUUUGAAUUCUUGGGUAAUGUGACUGGCCAACCUUACACUCUUCACACUAACGUCUUCGCCAAAGGAAAAGGUGACCGGGAGCAACAGUUCCGCCUCUGGUUUGAUCCCACUGCCGACUUCCAUACUUAUUCCAUCCUUUGGAACCCCCAAAGAAUCAUAUUCACAGUGGAUGGUACACCCAUUAGAGAAUUCAUGAACUGGGAAUCAAUUGGAGUCCCAUUCCCAACGAACCAGGCAAUGAGGGUCUACUCGACCCUAUGGGACGCCGAGGACUGGGCCACCCAAGGCGGGCGGGUCAAGACAGACUGGGCCAAGGCUCCAUUUACAGCUUCUUACAGGAACUUCAACGCCGACGCUUGUGUUUGGUCCAAUGGUAAAUCUUCUUGCCUCGGGUCGGGUCAGGCUCGGGCUUCUUCUCCAUGGAUGAACCAACAACUUGAUUCCACAAGCCAGAAGAGGCUGCAAUGGGUGCAGAAGAACUACAUGAUUUACAACUACUGCACUGAUAUUCAAAGGUUUCCUCAAGGUCUUCCUAAAGAGUGCUCUGCCACCAACUAAUUAAGUUCUUAUCAGUAAUUAUUAUUUUUGGUAGGAAAUGUUAUUAAAUUAAAUUGAUUUAUAUUCAUUAUUCAUUGAAAUAAUAAAGAAAUUUUAUUACAUUAGAAAA